AUGGCCUGGGGAGCCAUGGGCCAUGAGACCGUCGCCUACAUUGCGACCAACUUUGUGGCUUCGACUACCAAGACCUACUUCCAGAGCCUCUUGGGAGACACGUCUACCGAUUACUUGGCAACUGUCUCCACCUGGGCUGAUUCAUAUCGCUACACGACCGCGGGCAAGUUCUCUGCUGGUUAUCACUAUAUCGAUGCACAGGACAGCCCACCGUCGUCUUGCGGUGUCGACCUGGAUCGUGAUUGCGAGGGUGGCUGCGUUGUGAGCGCCAUUGCUAACUACACUACGCGUGUCCUUAACACCAAGCUCAGCACGGCUGAUCGCCAGAUCGCCGCCAAAAUGAUCAUCCACUUCAUUGGUGACAUCGGCCAGCCUCUCCAUUGCGAGGAGCUUGAGUCGGGCGGCAACGGUAUUGACGUUACUUACGAUGGCGAGUCCACCAACCUCCAUGCCAUCUGGGAUAGUGAUAUUCCCGAAUCUGUCUCUGGCGGGUCAUCGCAGAGCUCUGCCAAGACCUGGGCCACUACUUUGACCACCGCAAUCAACUCAGGAACUUACAAGUCUGAGGCUGCCGGCUGGGUGUCCAAUCUGAACAUCAAAGACGCUGAGACGACGGCGCUCGAUUGGGCUUCGGAAGCAAAUGCGUAUGUCUGUACCACGGUCCUCAAGGGCGGCAUCACUGCCGUCGAGAACAAGGAGCUUGAUGGUACCUACACUACUACCGCCCAGCCAGUCGUCAAGGAGCAGAUCGCCAAGCAAGGCUAUCGACUGGCGAAGUGGUUGGAUGCCAUUGCUGCCGCAUAA